GCGAGUGCGCCAUGUCUCCCGUAACGUCGGUCUCCAAGCAGGAGCACUUCAACAGCCUGGUGUCCAGGGAUAAACUCACCGUCGUCCGCUACUUUGCGGAGUGGUGCGGGUGGUGCACGGUUUUCGAUCCGAUUUAUAGGCGCAUCGCUGCCCGGCGGGAGUUCCAAGACGUGACGUUCUGCAACGUCGAUUGCACGGAGAGUACCAACGAGCUCGAGCACCUGCAGGAACGCGGAAAGGCAGAUGGGUUCCCGCAUGUUGCCGUUUUUCGUGGGGGAAAGCUUUUUGGGAAGAAAAGUGGCUCUUCCGAGUAUGGUGCCUUCAGGGAAUGGCUUACCGACUGUGUGAUGUCCAAUGCCGUCUCUCGUUCUCCCGGCGGAAAGAGUUCUCACUCCAAAGAAACUAUGCACAAGUUGCACGAGAUGGAAACCGGUGGAAAACCGUUCAUUCAGACCGUCAGCUCCUUUGAAGAAAUCAAUUCACUGGCUUCGGAGUCCAAGCAUAUCCUCGUGGCGUUCUACAGGAAGAGCAAGCCAGUGGUGUCUGAUACAUUGUGGACAGGCUGGGAGCAGGCGGUGUCGAAACCCGAGACCGAGCAUAUCCGUAUGGUGACCUUUGACUGCGACGAAAACGAGGACCUGACCGACACCUUUUUUCUAACCUACCAAUCCCGUUGCUGGUUCUACCGGAAUGGCGUGAUUUUCUCGGAGUGGAAGAGCGCAGGGAGCAGGCUUUCAUGUGACGUAUGGCUUCGGGACUGUCUGGCGGCAAGUGUGAUGGCAGACUCGGCGUCUGCCUCUGAUGAUAGCGUGUCGAAGGAGAAGGGACAAGAUGAAGACGAACAAGGUCCAAAGGAAUUGGUGAAAAUAGAUGACCAAGCCGAGACCGAUGCAGCUGAGGGGUCGGAAAACCAGGACAUCCAAGCCCAGGAUCCAUCGAGCGAGGAUCAAGAAGAACAGCAAAGCGAAAGUAAAGAAGAAUCUGAAGAGGAGGAAAAGACAAACGUCACUUACGUCAAUAGCGAGGACCAGUGGCAGGAAAUACUUUCGGAACACGAUCAAGUAGUGGUCACUUUUUACGACUACUGCCAACCUUAUUCACUAGCCGAACUGAUCGUCUUCGAGAGUGUCGCGGGAUCGUCGGCGUUCGAAUCUAUCGCCUUUUGUGCAAUAGAAUGCAACGAGGACAUCACAGAGACACUACAGUACAGGGCGUGUCCCGACAUUAGGAUGUUCCGGGACAAAACACAAGUUGCACAGGUCGGCCGCGCCUUUUCACGGCCCGAUCUAGAGGCAUGGUUGGCAGCGCCUCUGAACGCGCCAAGUGCCAAGCCAGAGCCAAAGGAGAUAGCACAAACAGAGGCUGAAGCACUAACACCUUUGGAGCCCGCUGAGACACGAGAUGCUGACAUUGAAGUUCGAUCUUCCGCGACCGGCUCAGCGAUAGCGGUAGCGGAUACAGGAGAUGCCGUUGUCCGACAAUUGGCUGCAGUAACCUUCUCUCAGACGCGAGAAACCAGCACGGCUACCGGCACGACAUCGACCUUCACCGGCGCUCAUUUGGACCUUGUAUCUCAAAAGACCGCUGAAAGUGCCGUGCUGGUGCAGGCUACUGCAACGUCAAGGGAGCUGGUGACUUCUCCAAGCGGCACGCUUUCUCCGCGCUCCGUGACCAGCGAUGACUCGCUCUUCGACGGAGCAUCGCCAUCAUUCCCAAAUGGAAACCAUUCGACAGCAAGUUUGACAUCUGUCUCGACCAUCGGCACGGACAGACCCCAUUCACGUUCUCUGCCCACUUGCACGGGAGAGCACCAGGAUCGGCCGAAGCCACUUUUCCGCUGGUUAGGUAAACGGCAGCCGUUCCACGAUCCAGAGCCCGGCUGCGUGUUUGUGCCCACAGAGGACGGCGACGGCCUGCAGAUCGGGCGCGCGAACGAGGGCGAUUCAUACUUCAACAUCACGCUCUCGCGGUUGCACGGCGACCUCGAGAAAGACAAGGUCACGUUCGGCGUGGGCUUCGGGCCGGACCCGACGAUGAAGACGCGGUUCGUCUCCGCCGUCUUCCGUGCGACGUUUGGCUACGAUGACGACAACGGGCGGCGGGUGCCACUCAAGAUCCGCGACCUGUCGCCCACGGACGCGCACGGGGAGGCGACGGAGGUGCACUGGGGCCGCGGGUCCGAGAACAGCCUGAACAUGACGCUCGGUUACUCGUCCGUCUCGGUUGGCGGCGAGAGCAAGCACUCGCGGAACGCCGAAUACACACGGAAGACGUCCGCACGCGUGCGCGGGCAGGGCAUACACACCCCAACGGCCGAGUGGACGUUCCAAGAGGACGAGGGUGAGGCGGGGCGCCACGGGCUCGACCCGCAGUACCAGAUGUCGGUCAUGCUCCCGCAUGUGGCGACGACGCGUCUAAUCUGGAUGGAGUUCUGGGGCAAGGCCGUGCUCGCCAGAGGGCGGAGUCUCACUGGGUUAGACGUAACGUUGAAGAUUGGCUCGAUAGAAGAGCCAUACAGACGCAAUAUGGACCUGAGCACUGGUAUCAGUACUCAACAUUGAGCCUAAUAGUAUUCCAUUCGGAUUU